CAGAGCACAGGAGAGCAGAGGAGCUGCGCUGUUUACCUCUCUGUUUUGGAGGACGACACGACUGUGACUCACUUCUGUAUGGUGUCAGGGACCCCCAGACCACCGGAGCACGGGAGAAUAUUGGAUUUUACUCGCGCGAAUUGUGUUUUUGCAUCAUUUUCGCUGCUUUUGAAGGUGUUUUUGUUGAUACAUGCCCCAGAGCCAUCAUGCCGAUGAGCACGAGCUUGGCGUGUAAGAACUACGACUACGAUUACGACUCUGUUCAGCCGUACUUCUACUUCGAUGACGACGAGGACUUCUACCAGCAGCAUCGGCAGCCGCCGGCCCCCAGCGAGGACAUCUGGAAGAAGUUCGAGCUGCUGCCCACGCCCCCUCUCUCGCCCAGCCGGCGGCCCUCCACCGCCGACCAGCUGGAGAUGGUCACCGAGCUGCUGGGCGACGACGCGGUGAGCCAGAGCUUCAUCUGCGAUGCGGAUCCGUCGCAGGCGCUGCUCGGCUCCAUCGUCCUCCACGACUGCAUGUGGAGCGGCUUCUCGGCCGCCGCCAAGCUGGAGAGGGUGGUCUCUGAGCGGCUGGCCUCGCUGCGCGCCGCCCGCCGGGACAUAGCCCUGCUGGAGCGCGGUGGCCCGACUCGCCUGAGUGCCACCGCCACCUACCUGCAGGAUCUGGGCACGCCAGCUUCCGAGUGCAUCGACCCGUCUGUGGUCUUCCCAUAUCCGCUCACGGAGUCACCCAGGGCGGCGGAGGUCACGCCGGACACCCCGCCUAACAGCAGCAGCGGCAGUGGCAGCGAUUCAGAAGACGAAGAAGAGGAAGAGGAGGAAGAGGAAGAGGAAGAAGAGGAGGUGGAAGAGGAGGAGGAGGAGGAUGAUGAGGAAAUCGAUGUGGUCACCGUGGAGAAGCGGCAGAGACGGAGCGAGGCGGAGGCAUGCGAGACCAGGCAGCUGAGCCCGCUGGUGCUGAAACGCUGCCACGUCUCCACGCACCAGCACAACUACGCAGCGCACCCCUCGACGCGUUACGAGCAGCCUGCGGUCAAGCGGCCGCGCCUGGAGGCGGCCUCGCUGGCCGGCGGCGGCCGGCACGGCAAGCAGAGGAAGUGCGCUAGUCCCCGGACAUCGGACUCGGAGGACAACGACAAACGGAGGACUCACAACGUGCUGGAGCGCCAGCGCAGGAAUGAACUUAAGCUGAGCUUUUUCGCCCUGCGGGACGAAAUCCCCGAGGUGGCCAACAACGAGAAGGCGGCUAAGGUGGUCAUCCUGAAGAAAGCCACAGAGUGCAUCCGCAGCAUGCAGUCGGACGAGCAGAGGCUGCUGUCCGUCAAAGAACAGCUGAGGCGGAAGAGCGAACUGUUAAAACACAGGCUACAGCAGCUACGGAGGAGCCAGCUAUGAGUCCGUGUGGGAGAAAAGAUGCAGAGACUAUUAAGAAAACAGACUUUUAAGAACUUUUGUUCCCCCUCCUGCUUUUUUAUGCAAGUUGAAGACUUGAAGUUGCUGGCAUAGUUGUGAUGUUGCAUGCCCAAUGCAAAUGGUUUGUUUUGUUUGAAUAUUGUCAGAUUUUUUUUGGUCCAUGUCUAAAGCUGCCACAGGUUAAAGUUGAAGAGGUGGUCAAAUAGAAUAAUUUGUAUUUAAGUCAUUUAUUUUUAUUAAUAAAAUGAGAAAACACAGGGUGUUUUGGCCCUAACAAAAUAAUUUGUAUGUUUUUGUAUAUAAUGAUAAUAACAUAUUUGCUAAGAAAUGUAUUUUUGGAUCUGAUUGUUCUUCAGAUGGUAUUACGUUUCACUGUAUGGUGUGUUCCAGCGAUUCUGAAUCAUAAAUGCAUUUCUUUCUGAAA